CUCAUAGUUCUCCUCAGCAUGCAGGGUGCGACCUCCAGCUCUGUGUAAAUGCAUGUAUUUUCCUAUAGAGCAGCCAGUCUGAUACUCCUGUAUGUGUACAGCACUACAACUCCCAGCGUGCCCUGACAACCACCUCCACACCACAUGAUGUACUUGUGUGUAUUUCAGCAUCCUCAAUGGUUUGCCUAAAAGAACCAGUGGCAACUCUUCUGGGCCCAAGUGCUCAUCUUUCCACUCAUCUGUAGCUCGCAGGGGACUGGAGGAGUUCUUUGAUGACCCGAAAAACUGGGGAGAAAGGGCCGUCAAGACUGGUGACUUUUGGAUGAUUAACUAACUGAGAUGCAAAAGUAGUGAAGACUUACACAAACUUUGGUAUUCGUUAUUAAAAGAAAAAAACAUGCUAAUGACUUUAGAACAAGAAUCCAAGCAACAAAAAACAUCUAUGCCAAGUCCUGAGUGGUUCUACAAGGUAACCAUGUCUAUGGAGAAUCUUGAGGCGGUGGUUACAGAGAGGGAAGAGCUCUUACAGACGGGUCAGGAAAAAGCAAGACCAGGAGAAUGGAGAAAGGACUGCUUUGGGGAAACAUUGUGGUAUAAGUUCAAAGAAUGGCUUAUACCGUGGUACAUGAAAAGACAUUACAAGACAAAGAAGUUCUUUGCGUUGCCAUAUGUUGAUCAUUAUAUUAGGUUAAAGACAGUGAAGGAGCUUCGACCAGAGGCUAGACAGAGAAAUGCUGCGAAAGACAAGCAAAAUAAACUGGAGAAAAGGUUUCCACACAUUGCUAACAAAUCUUAA